CCCUCUGUUUCUUUCAAACUCAUCAUCAUCAACUAAACUUAGAUUCUGAGAAAAUGAAAGGAAAUUCUGCUUCUGGAAAUUCAUUAAUGGAAGAAGAUUUCCCAGUCACAGUAACUCAUGGUGGGAAAUUCGUUGAGUACAAUAUUUUUGGGAAUUUAUUUGAAGUUACAAGUAAAUACAGUACUCCUAUUAUGCCAAUCGGACGUGGUGCUUAUGGAAUCGUCUGUUCUGCGAUGAACUCAGAAAGAAAUGAAAUGGUUGCAAUCAAGAAGAUAGCUGAUGCGUUUGAUAAUCCAAUGGAUGCUAAGAGAACGCUUCGAGAAAUCAAAUUACUUCGUCAUUUAGAUCAUGAAAAUGUUAUUGGUGUUAAAGAUGUGAUUCCACCACCAAUUCGGAAGGAAUUUUCAGAUGUUUAUAUGGUUACUGAACUCAUGGAUACUGAUCUUCAUCAAAUUAUAAGAUCUAAUCAAGACUUAUCUGAAGAACAUAUCCAAUAUUUCUUGUAUCAGAUUCUAAGAGGAUUGAAAUACAUACACUCAGCGAAUGUAAUACACAGAGAUUUGAAGCCGAGUAAUUUAUUAGUGAAUGCAAAUUGUGAUCUUAAGAUUUGCGAUUUCGGUCUAGCUCGGCCGGCUUCCGAGAACGAUUUUAUGACUGAAUAUGUUGUUACAAGAUGGUAUAGAGCACCAGAACUGCUAUUAAACGCUUCAGAUUAUACUGCUUCGAUUGAUGUUUGGUCUGUCGGUUGCAUUUUUAUGGAGCUUAUGAUUAAAAGACCGUUGUUCGCCGGUAGAGAUACCGUUCAUCAAAUGCGUCUAAUUAACGAGCUACUUGGAACACCUACUGAAGCUGAUCUUGGGUUUGUCCGAAGUGAAGACACGAAGAGAUAUAUCAAACAAUUGCCAAAGCAUCCAAGGCAAUCACUAGCGAGGAUUUAUAAACAUAUUCAUCCUGACGCCAUUGAUCUUGUCGAGAAAAUGUUGGCAUAUGAUCCCACCAAGAGAAUUACAGUUGAAGAAGCUCUAGCUCAUCCGUAUCUAGAAAGAUUACAUGAUGAAGAAGAAGAACCGAUUUGUUUAAAGCCAUUUUCUUUUGAGUUUGAACAACAAGGUUUGAUGGAAGAGCAAAUUAAAGAUAUGAUAUACAAGGAAACCGUUACACUGAAUCCUGAAUUCGCAUUUUGGUGAAUAGGUAAAAAUGACCAUAACUAAUAAAGUUUUUUUUAGGGAUGAUGAUGAUGACUAAUGGAAUUCAUGGUUGUGAAUCUUGUGAUCAUCUAUACAUAUGGUAUAAGAUUUUUCAUUACAUAAUGUAAUAAUUCGUGUUUACUCAUUCCCUUGGUUUAGCUUUGUAUUUCCCUUUCAAGAAAAUGAGGUUAGAGAUUAGAGAAUUUAGAGUGCGAUUGUAGCACCCAUUAUUUGAAUUUUGGACACUGAAAUUUUAUGAUACAUUUACUGUAAUAACCCGUUUUUUCUUUUUAAGAUGAUUAACUAUGUGUCUAAGGGAAACAAAAAAUUCCUGGAGAUCA